AUGAAAAUUUAUGCAAAAUCCUAUGAUAUUAAAGUAUGGCGCGUCAUAAAAAAGGGGAACUAUCCACCGCCAGCAGCAGCUCAACCACCUGUUGAUCCUGAAGAUAUAGAUGAAUACACAGAUGAUCAAAUGGUUGUCGUUCAAGUUAAUGAUAAGGCACGAAACAUACUCUAUAAUGCCAUAAGUGGAGAAGAGUACGAGAAAAUUUCAAACUGUGAUACCACCAAAGAAAUGUGGGACAAACUGGAAGUUACUUAUGAAGGAACCAUCAAAGUGAAAGAAACUCGGAUAAACUUGUUGGUUCAUGAUUAUGAACUCUUCCAGAUGAAAGAAGGAGAAUCCAUUGAGGAAAUUUUUGCAAGAAGUAGCAAAAUCAUUGGCGAUCAGAAAGCCUUUAAUAAACCCUACUCAAGUGCUGAUCAAGUUCGAAAAAUCCUGAGAAGUUUGCCUACCACAUGGCAGACAAAAGGUUUUGCACUCGAAUAUCAAAAUCUAGACAAACUUUCAUAUGAUGAACUACGAGGAAAUCUUAUAGCAUUUGAAAAAAUCUAUCUCAAGAAAACACAUCAGAAAGAUAAUAAGAAAACAGUUGCUUUCAAAACUACAAUUGAAGAACUUGAAGAUGAUAUUGAUGACGAUCCAGAAGCUCUUGAAGAAGAAACUGCCAUGCUAUCAAGAAACAUGAAUGGAUUGAUGAGAAGAAAUAGAAAUACAAAAAAGGGAAGGAUGUCAUCCAGACGAACUAGGCAAUACAAUGAACAAGACAAAAAUGAUGGGAAAUGCUUUGAAUGUGGAAGAUAUGGCCAUGUUCAAGCUGAAUGUCCUGAGCUUAAAAGAAAAGUCUCCAGAGGGUUCAACAAAAAUAAAUCCUUCGGAAGCUGGAGUGAUGAAGACAGCUCGGAACUUGAGGAAAUAGCAAACAUGUACUUCAUGACUAUUUUAGAAAAUGAUAUGAACAAAUAUUCUGGUUGUUGGACUGAUGAAGACACAUCAGAUGAUGAAAGCAAAGAAGACACUAAAAACUGUUUCAUGACAUGA